AUGAUCAGUUCCGGGUUCACCAACGCGCCGAUUUCGAAAUAUGUGAUGGUCUUCACAAUUGCUUCAUCGAUUGUUGUCAGCAUUGCGGACAGCUUCCUCAUAAGCACCUUACCCUACACAGCCCUCCUCCCACCGCUCAUCCUCUCCUUCCUCCUCCGCCCUCUCUCCCUCAACACCCUAAACUUCCUCCCCGCAGGCCCAACAGCCAUCCUCUUCGCGCUCCUCGUCCAAUUCUACUCCGCAAUCCCCCCCGCAUACAAAUACCGCAUCGCCGCCCCGACCACCACCGCCUUCGCAUCGUCCCCAACAGCAACCACACCCUCGAUCAGCGUCAGCGAUAAAUCCACUACCUACCUCCUGGGCGCGCAGCUCGCCCUCUCCCAGUUCCCCCACUCCCUCAUCCCCGCCGCCGUAGGCUGGGCCGUCGGUUACGCCUGGCGCUCGGAUAUAUUACCCGGCCGUGCGGCCGCGUGGAGGGUUCCCGGCUGGGUCUAUGGAAACACGUCUGUCGAUGCGGCGGCGCGGGAGCGCGGGCGGGCACCAGAGGGACGUGCGCCUGAUGGCGUGGAUGGCCACAGUUCUGCUAGAUUUGGCGGCUGGCGGCGGUGGGCCGGGUUGCGGGCGGUGGUGGGGAGGACGGGGGGGGAUGCAGAGAGGUUUGAGGGGAUGAGGAGACGGUUGGAAAGGGAGUCGAGGGCGGCGGCGGCGGCGGGCGGAGUGGGGGUUUCCCAGGUUGGGUUGGAUAGGCAGGGGGCGAAUGAAGGUGGGGAUGGGGGGCGGGGCCAGGGGCAGCAGAGGAGGCCGCUGGCGGGGCAGAUAUUGGAUCGGUUUACGGGGAUUUAUUAG